AUGAAAAAAAAAGAAAGAAAUGAAUUCUGUUUAUGUGUAUGGAAAGAUUUCCAGGAAAGGGAUGAGUCAUUCUGUGGUUGUUUUGGCAAAUAUGAUAAUACGAUAUAUAUAUUGCGACUUUUGAUUGCUUCAGUUCUUCAGCUUGCACCAACGACACCAGCAAUCACAAAAGAGUGGAUUAUCCAUCGAUUAACUGCUACUCAUAAUGAAGACGAAGGUGCUGGAUUACUGGCUCGAUUCGAGCGAAACACCGAAAGUCGAAACAGUUUGAUUGUCAUUGGUGCAACUGAUGAACGCCUGUUAGUUGGAGCAGAAGAAUUACGAAUACAAAAAUGGGAUACAACGAAGGGGGGCCUAGCAGAUUUUCUUGUCGCCGAUAUCGAACAUUUUCAAAAUUCGGAAAAUCCCGGAGAUAUUCUACUUAAAUCGGAGAAACAACGAAUCAUCUUUGAGGAGAUCCAAAACUUACGUCCGAUGAAAAGUGAACAUGCAGUACCAGGGGUACCAACAAGGUCACUCUCGUUUGAACAUGACACUAUUUUCACUGUGCUACAAGAUUUGAAAUUUAUCGUCAAUUUCUUUCCACUACAUGACAAAGAGGAUAUCAAAUUAAUGGAGUAUGAUUGGUUCAAAUCGAAAACUUCAAUAAUCAAGUCGCAAGACAUUCAUAAAAUUCGCAAUUAUUUCGGUGAUAAUGUAGCAUUUUACUUUGCAUUCUUGGAAUUUUAUACAAAAGCUCUCAUACCGACAUCCGUUCUUGGUAUCUUGCUCAGUGUCUUACCAUUUUCCGAUUUUACGAAAUAUUCAUUCUUCUGUGUGUUCAAUGUCAUCUGGUGGACGGUUUUCAUGGAACGAUGGAAACGGCUGACAAAUAAACUAGCGUAUCAAUGGGGUACACUUGAUUUACAAAUCUUUCAACGUCCGCGUCCACCUUAUUAUGGCGAUUUACAACCAUCGCCAAUUACCGGUAGAUUAGAACCAUUAUAUCCCGCAUGGAAGCGUCAAGUGAAAAAGUAUUUGGUUAGUUAUCCGAUUGUGAUGGGAUGUUUAGCAUUUGCAUUGACACUUUAUUUUACUUAUUACAAAAUUCAACAACGAACAAAUGCAAGUUUUCCUCUGGAAAAUCCUUCGAAUCCAAUCGAAACCAAAGUGAGACGAAUGUUACCAUCAAUGGUUUAUUCGUUAUCCUUGAUACCGGUGAAACUCAUCUAUAAAAACAUCGCGACGUUUCUAACGGAUUAUGAAAAUCAUCGUCUCCAAACAGCUUACGAAAAUAAUUUAACAUCGAAGUUAUUCAUCUUCUUUUUUGUUAACAGCUUCGUAGGUUUAUUCUAUCAAGCAUUUUUCAAUGUUAACUAUGAAAACGUCGUACAAUUACUCACAACCUUAGUUAUCAUCAAUGCUUUAAUUUUGAAAUUUACCGAACAAGUUCUUCCAUACGUAAUGAAAACCGUUAAAAAGAGUCAAUUAGAUCGAAGUGGAUCUGUUGAUACCAAAGCCAGCGAAGCGAUCAAACAAUCGAAAACAUUGACACCAUUUGAGGGAACAUACGGAGAUUAUUUAACUAUUUUCGAACAGUAUGGUUACAUCGCUUUAUUCUCUGCUGUAUUUCCUUGGGUAGCUAUCUGCGGGUUUAUCAAUAAUAUUUUUGAACUUCGUGCUGAUGCAUUUAAAUACUGUUAUGUUUACCAACGUCCAUUCGCUCAACCAGCUAGCAACAUUGGAAGUUGGCACUAUGCAUUCGAUAUCCUCAGCUCCAUCGCUAUUGUGACGAAUACAGCUUUGAUUGCUAUGCAACCAUCGGUUCGAGAGUAUUUUUCAUCGUACAGUACCGUCGAAUAUAUUCUCCUGUUUGUUGCUGCUGAACACAUCCUACUGGCGAUCAAGUUUGCGAUUGAUUUCGCAAUCCCUGAUGUUCCACAUGAAGUGGAAAUUGCCCAAGCGAGAAGCCUCUACGAAUCAAGUCAAGCAUUAAGACGUGAACGACGUGAACGUAAAAUCGACAAUGGUGAAAAAACAAUUACAAAACUCUGA